AUGAAAAUUUUGUAUAAUAUUUUAAAUCUAGCCAAUGUGAUAAUAUUCUACAAAUGUGUGUAUAGUUUUAAUGUAGUAAAACCGCCGUAUCCUAAAUUUGAUGUCCUGGUCGUCGGUGGAGGCCAUUCGGGAAUUGAAGCCGCUACAGCUUCCGCCAGAAUUGGAGCUAACACUCUCCUAAUCACUCCAAAUUUAUCUUCCAUAGGUAUUUCAAUAGGAUUUUCAUCCGAAAUCUUGUUUAAUUUAGUCAAUUCCGUGAUAUAUACAUGUGUAAUGAGAUUCCGCAGAUUUACCAAGUUAAAUAUAAAUUCAAAGUAUAAUAAAAAGUGUAAAAUUGAGUUUACAGGGGAGUUGAGUUGUAAUCCGAGUAUUGGCGGGAUUGGUAAGGGUAAUUUGGUGUGUGAGAUUGAUGCUUUGGAUGGCGUGAUGGGAAUGUGUGCAGAUUUGUCGGCUAUUUCAUUUCGUUGCUUAAAUACUUCCAAAGGACCAGCAGUUGUUGGUCCUAGAGUCCAAAUCGAUCGUGACUUAUACAAAAUCAACCUCCGAAAAUUAUUAGAAAAUUAUCCAAAUCUCUUCUUCCUACAAGAUUUCGUCGAUGAAUUACUUCUUAACUCUGGUGACUCAAAUGAUACAGUUGACACUAACACAGUCGAUAGUGACACUGGUAGUACAAUGAAUGUUGAAGGAGUAAGAAUGAAAGAUGGCGGAGUAAUAAAGAGCAAAUGUGUAAUAUUGACAACUGGCACAUUCUUAAAAGGCCGUUGUCACAUAUCCAAACAAACUUAUGGAGGAGGAAGGAUUAAUCGUAUUACUGGCGAGUUUGAAUCUGCGGCAGAUAAUUUGAGUAAUAUAUUCAAUAAACUUGGAAUUAACACCUUAAGAUUCAAAACAGGAACACCUGCGAGACUGGAUAGGAAAAGUAUUAAUUUUGAGAAUUUGGAAGUACAAGAAAGUGAUGAGAAUCCAAAGUUCUUUUCAUAUUUAAAUGAAGAUUUCAAAGUCACAAAUCAAUUAAUUAAUUGCUAUAAAACACAAACUAACGAACGGGUACACAGUAUUGUGAGGAAUAAUUUACAUAAUUUACCAGAUUAUACCUCAGGAUUAGGACCAAGAUAUUGCCCAUCAAUCUCCACCAAAGUGAUGAAGCAUCCUGGGAUAAAAUCGCAUAUAGUUUGGUUGGAGCCUGAGGGUGUUAAUAGUGAUAUAAUAUACCCAAAUGGUUUAUCCGGCUCAUUCGACAUUAAUACACAGAGGGAGAUGCUGAGAAAUAUAAAGGGAUUGGAAAAUGUGAAGAUAUUAACACCGGCGUAUGAUGUGGAGUAUGAUUUGAUAGAUCCAACAAAUCUUAAAUACACAUUAGAAUUGAAGAAAAUAAAUAAUUUAUUUCUCGCAGGUCAAAUCUGCGGUACCACAGGUUAUGAGGAGGCUGGAAGUUUGGGUGUAAUAGCUGGCAUAAAUUCAGCCUUGAAAAGUCUUAAUAUUAAUGAACCCUUUGUCAUUAACCGUAAUGAAGGCUAUAUAGGAGUGUUGAUUGAUGAUUUGAUAAGAAAAGGUAUUACAGAACCUUAUCGUAUGUUCACUUCAAGGUCUGAAUACAGACUACAAAACAGGAUAGACAAUGGAGAUGUUAGAAUGUUAAUAAAGGGAAUAAAAUAUGGUGUAAUAAGGAAUAAAAAGAGAUUAGACUUGAUGAAAAAUAAGUAUAUUAAAUCAAUAAUCGUAAUCUCAACUCUUCAAUCAGUGACGAAUACGCUUAACUAUUGGGGAAUUGACAGGAGUUGUAAUGUGUAUAAAACAGGCUGGGACGCACUAAAAUGUGGUAAAAAAUACACCGAAAUCAAGGAAAAGGUUGUUGAAUUACUGAACUUGGGGAACAAAAACUUUAUGGAAAAGUUUAAACUAAAUUUAUUCAAUUUGCCCUUCUCAAAUCAUGAACAAAAAUCCAUCAACUUUCUACUCAGUCAUAUGAAUACAAAGAAAUCAGAACAACCGGAACACUUUGAUAAGCCUAGUGAUGAUCAAACUGAGGCCAUUGUUAGCAAGGUGAUAAAAUAUUAUUUGAGAGAAAAUGAAAAAUUAAAUGUUGAAAUGGAAAGUUUGGUUGAAUUUUUAAAGAGUUUACUGAGUAAUUUGAGCCCAAAUGUGAUUUCAUUUAUCGAAGCACAGGCUAAGUAUUCGUCAUUUAUUAAAAGAUAUAACCAACAAUACCAAAGAGCAAUCUCAGGAAGAACCAUACACAUACAUCAAGAUAUACAAUACAACCAUGAAAAUUUUAAGUUUAUGUCGAUGGAGGAGAUAGAGAUAUUAUCAAGAGAGAGGCCGGAAACAAUACAAGAAGCGAUGGAACUUCCAGGAAUAACACCAGCCACCGCCGUACAAUUAGCAAAUUAUAUCAUCAAAGAUCACAACUAA